AUGUGGGCGCUACAAGGCUUUAAAAUAAGGCUUAUUGAAACAACCUCCGUCUCUGGGUGGAACCAGUACUCAGGUCUCGAGUCCGUCUCUGGGUGGAACCAGUACUCAGGUCUCGAGUCCGUCUCUGGGUGGAAGCAGUACUCAGGUCUCGAGUCCGUCUCUGGGUGGAAGCAGUACUCAGGUCUCGAGUCCGUCUCUGGGUGGAAGCAGUACUCAGGUCUCGAGUCCGUCUCUGGGUGGAAGCAGUACUCAGGUCUCGAGUCCGUCUCUGGGUGGAAGCAGUACUCAGGUCUCGAGUCCGUCUCUGGGUGGAAGCAGUACUCAGGUCUCGAGUCCGUCUCUGGGUGGAAGCAGUACUCAGGUCUCGAGUCCGUCUCUGGGUGGAAGCAGUACUCAGGUCUCGAGUCCGUCUCUGGGUGGAAGCAGUACUCAGGUCUCGAGUCCGUCUCUGGGUGGAAGCAGUACUCAGGUCUCGAGUCCGUCUCUGGGUGGAACCAGUACUCAGGUGUCGAGUCCGUCUCUGGGUGGAACCAGUACUCAGGUCUCGAGUCCGUCUCUGGGUGGAAGCAGUACUCAGGUGUCGAGUCCGUCUCUGGGUGGAAGCAGUACUCAGGUGUCGAGUCCGUCUCUGGGUGGAAGCAGUACUCAGGUCUCGAGUCCGUCUCUGGGUGGAAGCAGUACUCAGGUCUCGAGUCCGUCUCUGGGUGGAAGCAGUACUCAGGUCUCGAGUCCGUCUCUGGGUGGAAGCAGUACUCAGGUGUCGAGUCCGUCUCUGGGUGGAAGCAGUACUCAGGUGUCGAGUCCGUCUCUGGGUGGAAGCAGUACUCAGGUCUCGAGUCCGUCUCUGGGUGGAAGCAGUACUCAGGUCUCGAGUCCGUCUCUGGGUGGAAGCAGUACUCAGGUCUCGAGUCCGUCUCUGGGUGGAAGCAGUACUCAGGUGUCGAGUCCGUCUCUGGGUGGAAGCAGUACUCAGGUCUCGAGUCCGUCUCUGGGUGGAAGCAGUACUCAGGUCUCGAGUCCGUCUCUGGGUGGAACCAGUACUCAGGUCUCGAGUCCGUCUCUGGGUGGAAGCAGUACUCAGGUCUCGAGUCCGUCUCUGGGUGGAAGCAGUACUCAGGUCUCGAGUCCGUCUCUGGGUGGAAGCAGUACUCAGGUGUCGAGUCCGUCUCUGGGUGGAAGCAGUACUCAGGUCUCGAGUCCGUCUCUGGGUGGAAGCAGUACUCAGGUGUCGAGUCCGUCUCUGGGUGGAACCAGUACUCAGGUCUCGAGUCCGUCUCUGGGUGGAAGCAGUACUCAGGUCUCGAGUCCGUCUCUGGGUGGAAGCAGUACUCAGGUCUCGAGUCCGUCUCUGGGUGGAAGCAGUACUCAGGUCUCGAGUCCGUCUCUGGGUGGAAGCAGUACUCAGGUCUCGAGUCCGUCUCUGGGUGGAAGCAGUACUCAGGUCUCGAGUCCGUCUCUGGGUGGAAGCAGUACUCAGGUCUCGAGUCCGUCUCUGGGUGGAAGCAGUACUCAGGUCUCGAGUCCGUCUCUGGGUGGAAGCAGUACUCAGGUCUCGAGUCCGUCUCUGGGUGGAAGCAGUACUCAGGUCUCGAGUCCGUCUCUGGGUGGAAGCAGUACUCAGGUCUCGAGUCCGUCUCUGGGUGGAAGCAGUACUCAGGUGUUUAA